AUGGCCAGGCCCCCUAUGCAUACCGCCCCCGUGCUGCUCCUGGCCCUCCUGGUGCUCCUGGAGCUGAGCCUCGCAGGCUCCCUGGCACCUGGCACUCCCGCCCGGAACCUCCCUGAGAAUCACAUCAACCUUCCUCGCCCAGCGCUCUGGAAACCUCAGACUGGCCACCACCGCAGGCGGGGCCUGGGCAAGAAGGCACGGGGCCCAGGCAUGCCCGGCCAGGCCCAAGAUGGGGCUGUGGUCACUGCUUCCAGGCAGACCUCCAGGCUUCCUGAGGCAGGGGGCCUGCUGUCUGGACAGAGUCCUGCCGGCCUGUUGCGGGGCAAGGAUCUGCUCCUGGGGCUGGCGCUGCCCUACCCUGAGAAGGAGAACCGGUCUCCAGGGUUGGAGAGGACGAAGAAACACGGCAGGGAGCACAAGAGGCGCAGGGACAGGUUGAAGCUGCACAGAGGCCGAGCCUUGGUCCGAGGUCCCAGCUCUCUGAUGAAGAGGGUGGAAUUCUCCGAAGACCAGGUGCAGGAUGCUGUGAUGGAGGAGUCUUCCACCAGCCUGGCCCCCACCAUGUUCUUCCUGACCACCUUGGAGGCAGCACCUGCCACAGAAGAGUCCUUGAUCCUGCCUGUCACAUCUCUGCGGCCCCAGCAAGUACAGCCCAGGCCAGAUGGGGAGGUGAUGCCCACACUGGAUAUGACUUUGUUUGACUGGACAGAUUAUGAAGACCUAAAACCCGAGGUCUGGCCCUCUGCAAAGAAGAAAGAGAAACACCGGGGUAAACUCUCCAGUGAUGGUAAUGAAACAUCACCAGCUGAAGGGGAGCCAUGCCACCAUCACCAAGACUGCCUGCCAGGGAGCUGCUGUGACCUGCGAGACCAUCUAUGCACACCCCACAACCGAGGGCUCAACAACAAAUGCUUCGAUGACUGCAUGUGCACGGAAGGGCUGCGCUGUUAUGCCAAAUUCCACCGGAACCGGAGGGUCACGCGGAGGAAGGGACGCUGCGUAGAGCCGGAGACAGCCAACGGCGACCAGGGAUCCUUCAUCAAUGUCUAG